GCAGGAUGGUCGGAUGGACCAUGCUCAAGAAGCAUUUCGCAGGAUCCGGAACACAGCGGGGAUGCGAAGGUCAAAGGAGGGCUUCGGUGGAAUGCGAGCGAUGCUGCACUACUUCCUGGAAUCCUGUGCCACUGCCAACCAAGUUGCGCAGGCGCUGGGCUUCCUGGAUGAGCUCAAAGCAAGCUCUGAGGCCCGGCUGGUGAGCUCGGCAGCUUUCAAUGCACUGCUGCGUGGGCUUCUGUCUCGGAAUGGCUUUGAGGAGGCUCAGUGGCUCCGGACAGAGAUGCUCCGCUUCGGUGUGGCGCCCAACGAGGCUUCAUUGAAUUUGCUCAUGGACACUGCUGCACGAUCUGGAUCUCACAUGGAUGAAGCUUGGGACAUCCUCGAGGAGAUGCAGAAGCAAAACCUCAAGGCUGACAAGUAUACAGUCUCCAUUCUGACCAAGCAGCUCUCUGACCGAAUCUCUGACAAGAGGCGAGUGCCCCGCGGAGUGGCCAUGGUGGAGCACUUCUUAAAGAUGCAGCCUGAAGAUGUGGAUGAGGUCCUGGUCAACUCCCUGCUGGAUGUGUUCUGCAAGCUUGGGGACAUGCCACGGCUAGAGGCCACACUUGACCGAAUGCGGGAGUAUGGCAUCAGGGGCUCUGCUGUCACUUACGGCACCAUCGUCAAGGCAUACGGACGCGCUGGCAACAUUGACAGAGUCUUGCAGGCCUGGGAAGAGAUGCAGGACGAAGGUCUAGAAGCCAACGCAGUCACCUACGGCUGCAUGUUGGAUGCCUGUGUGAAGUGUGGACAUCUUGAAAAGGCCUUGCAGAUCUUUGCCAUCAUGAAGCAACGUGGCCUUCAUCGCAAUACCAUCCUCUACGCAACCCUAAUCAAGGGCUUUGCGAAAUCCAAAGAUCCCUUGGCGGCGAAGAACCUCUACCGAGAGAUGCGAUCGGAGCGUGUCCCGUGCAAUGUGGUGGUCUUCAACAGCCUCAUUGAUGCCUGUGUGCGCGCGUGUGAUCUGCAAGGGGCUGCCGAGGUCUUGCAGGAGAUGACGGCAACCAAUGUCCGCCCAGACCUCAUUACGUUCAGCACCCUCAUCAAGGGCUACUGUAGCAAUGGGGAGCUCUCGAAGGCGAUGCGUCUUCAAGAAGAGCUACAAGCUCGACAGCUGGAGUGCGACGAAAUUGUCUACAACUCCCUCCUCGAGGGUUGCGUGAAGGCGGGUGAUCUGCAGCUGGGCCUGCAGAUGUUCUCGGAGAUGCGGCAGAAGCAUGUACGUCCCUCGGCCGUGACCUUCUCCAUCUUGGUGAAGUUACUCUCUCGUGCUGGUCGACUAGACCUUGCCAUCCACCUGGUCUCAAAGGAGAUGCGCCAGAUGCAUGGCGUGCAGCCAACCAGGAUGGUCUGGUCAUGCCUAGUGACCUGUUGUCUCAAGGCUCGAGAUCUCAGCAGAGCGGUGAUGGCUUUAGAGUUGCUGGACAACGAUGGAGCCUCCUUGGGGAUUGGCAGGAUAUCCAUGUAUUCGGCUGUCAUUGAGAGCAGCACGACAUCUGGAGAAGUGAGCACAGCGUUGCAGCUCAUCGAAUGGGCCUACACCCGAGCGCCCCCCGAGGAUGCUCGUGCAGGGCUCUCCAUGGACCUGCUGAAGCGGGUCUUUGAGACCGCGGGCUUUCGAGGGGCCGAGGGUGAGGCGCAAGAUGUCCUUGAUGCCAUCGGCCGCCGAGUCGGUGAGCACGCUCGGAACGUCCUGCAAGAUACUUUGUCCCGAAGUGCCUCAGGGCCUAGAGUGGAGGAAUCGCUGGGCUUCAAAGGAGCCAAGAUUCAGGGCUCAUCAUUGGAUGACCAUGGAAGUUCCUGGUCGUCGAGGCCCUGGGAUCGAUCCUAUUCCUCCGGCUUUGAGGCUUAUGGAGGGAGUGGAGGAUGGGAGACAGGCGGCUACUGGCCUGGACAAGAUAUGUACUCCUCUCUCUUCAUGCACCCACACACUUGGUCGCCGGAUGUGUUGGCGCAGCAGGGAUGGUCAAGCUGGAGUGGUCAGGGACCUGGAGGCUGGGAUCACCGCGAUGAGAAGGCCUUUGCCAGGACGGAAGCCUCGCCAGCAACCCCAAGGCUACCGCUGAAGGCCUUGGAUACUGAGCCGACUCCAGCAACGACUGCUGGCAAGUCAUCUGUACACAGAAGCCCUUUGGAGGAGAUAGAUCAUGCUGAAUCAAUGGGGAUACCUCUUCAAAAGGUCUUAUUUGGCGACAGUUUUCCUGAGGUCUCCUUAGAUGGACCUCCUGGUCUUUAGGGUUGACAUCGGAGUGCCUGGCCACAAGAGCAGGUAGAGCAGUUGAGCUCUGCGUUGAAAACUGGACUUUUGAAGAGGUCAAUACUCUUCUUGGCACUGAGGAAUUGGAUGAGGCCAAUAGUC